CAGACUAUAAACACCCGAGGCCAGGAUUUCCUGAGUGGAGCAAGAGGGAAAAGAAAGACAGCAACACAGAGGAGAAGAAGUAACUGUGAAGUUUUUAUUUGGGCCCAUGAAAGCCUCCAUGCUGACCCUUUUAAUUUAUUUUGCUGUAUUCUUUAACAAUAGCUCUUGAUUUGGCAUGUGCUCCAGAGGGAAACAAAUGGACCAGUCUCCUCCAGAUUCCACCUGCAGUUCGUCCUGUGUGAAACUCUACCUGUGCUCCAACCCGGAGGACAGCGUGGUAGAGCGCAGGAGUCUGAGAGAGAGCGUUUUCCCCAAACUUAGAGAGCAAUGCAGAAACGCACUGGGACUGGACGUGAGGGUGAUAGACCCAUUCGAGUCCAGUGAUCCCAGUCGUUGGCCAGAUGAAUACACCAGACAGCAGCUGAUUACAGAAUGCAGAGAGAGCUCAGCUGGACCUUUUUUACUGGCUCUGGUAGGACAUCAAUAUGGCACAGCCAGUCUGCCCGCCCAGGUUGAGGUGUCAGAGUACCAGCUGCUGCUGCAGGAGAGCCAGCAGGCGGGCGUCAGCACCCAGGAGCUGGAGAGAGUUUACCAGAGGGACGAGAACACCAUCCCUCCCUCCUACUACCUGAGACCUGCACACAGACACACCUGCUGUCCCCAGCAGGCAAAGGUUAGUGAGGAAGAGCAGAGCAAGAUGAAGGCCAAAGAAGAAGAGCUGAGGAAGGUAUUUCAGACCACUGUGAGUUUGUGCGUCCGCAACGGUCUUAUGACCCCAGAGAAAGCCCACAGCUACUACAGAUCAGCCCUCGACGCAGACCUGCGAUUCGCUUUGGACAACCGCCCUAAAAAUGACAUCGCCAGACGCUGCCUGGUCUACAUCCACAAGGUCGUCAAUGCAAAAGGCGAGAGAGGGAAAGGACAGAUGAAUUUACAGCCACUGCCACAGUCAGAGACUGCCCUCUCUGACCUAAGGACAGCACCCUCUGAUGGACAGUUACUCUCAGAGCUUUGUGACAACUUCCUCCCCGGUCUCAUCACCUCCCGCCGGCUUCUAGUCUACACCACCACCACAGAGUGUGACCCUCGUCAUGGUUUCACGACAGCCAGGAGGCGGGGCUACGCCGAGUCUCUGUGCCAGCAGGUGUACUCUGACUUCGUGGCGUUGAUUGAGAGCUUGGACACGUUCGUAACCGGAGAAGACUCUCAACUUGGUGAUGCUUUGGCCCGAGAGCAGGCUGAGCAGGAGGAGCUGCGUGAUGCCCUGUCCCGAUUUUAUGACGUCGUUCGUCCAGAAGAGGAAGAGGUCAGAGCCUAUGUGACGCAGAGUGACCAACAGUGCCCACUAGUGGUGACAGGAGGGCCGUGCACAGGGAAGACAGUGCUGCUGGCACACUGUGCUCAACAGAUAAAGUCGUGGCUGCCAGACAGCGAUCCUGUGGUGAUCACUUAUUUUUGCGACCUGCAAGCGGAGCUUUCCCCAAAGCACCUGUUGUCCAGCCUGUGUUAUCAAAUAGCCGGUAGAUGUCACAGCGACUCUUCCCCUAAGCAGGGUCCCAGCUUAUACCUUGGCACCAACCAGGACGAUCUUAGCUGCAUCACUAGCCCCAGAGACUACAAAUCCAACAGUAGCCCUACAUCUGCUCUAGAUUCUCACCAUGAACCCAACACCAGCGAGCAUGUUUCUGACUUCAACCUAAACCUUAGUACCAAACAGUGCCCUGACCCAAGAGGACCUAAUUCUGGCAUGAUAAAACCUGACAUUAGUCUGUCUGAGCUUAAAGAAAUUUUUUCCUCCCUCCUCUCCCUUCUGCCUUCUUCCAAACAGCCUCUCGUUCUAAUCCUCGACGGCCUGGAUCAAAUUGAAAACAACUUUGUUUGUCCUCAGAUCAUUGAGAUCCUGCCCUCCCCGCUCCCCCCUGGUCUCAAACUAAUCCUCACGGUCUCCUCCAACCAAACACAUGUCCUGCAGGUCAUCAAACUGCGUUACCCACAAUGCAGUCCCCCUCACUGUGUAUCAGAAGGCAGUGAGAAGGAGUCGGGAUGUGUUUGCGUACAGCUGGGAUUGGCAGACAGGAAAGAGUGUGUGAAGAUACUGGCAGCACUGCUUAGCAGUUCAGGAAGGAGGGUGACAUCUGGACAACAAGCUCUAGUGAAUCAGGCGCUGACUUCCUGUUGUCUGACUCUCUAUGCUCGACUACUGCAUGUACAUACCUCGCUCUGGUACUCUGAUUCAGAUGUGACUGAGUCGUCGCUCCCCGAUGGCGUCCACGCAUCCAUUUCUGCACUCUUGGAUCACCUCGAACAGAAACACGGCUCCUCUAUAGUGAGUCGUGCCGUUUCCUACCUCAGCCUCUCGAGGACUGGGCUCACUGAGGUCGAGCUCGCUGAUCUCCUCUCCAGUGAUGAUGAUGUGCUGUCUGAGUAUAUUCAGCAGGGUGAGAGCCUCUCCUCUAGUAUGAGGGUCCCACAAAUUGGCUCGGAGAAACUUCUAUUGGAUUUAAGGAGGUUUCUUAUCAGGAGGACAUUUGUAGGGUCACGCGUUUUGUUCUGGGUGAGCAGGCAUUUCAAGCUGGUGGUGGCUAAGAGGUAUAUAGGCACACAUGAGGCAAGGAGGAAAAUUCAUUCAGAGAUGGUGGAUUAUUUCACUGGCCAGUGGGCUUGUGGAAAUGCUAAACCACUUCUUGUCAACCAGAAAUCAGGACCAAACAAGGACACUGCCCAAAUGAAAAAAUACAUAGACAGGCAGCCAUCCAGCCAGCCGUUUGUCUUCACUUCUUUGUCCCAAGAUGCCGGUCGGGUGAACUUGAGAAAAGUUGUAGAAUUGCCGUAUCACUUGCAACAAAGUGGCAGGUGGGAGGAAUUGGAGCGUGGGUUGUUAAUGUCAUUGGGUUUUCACCAGGCUAUGGUUCGAGCUGGUCUUCUAGGAGAUCUGGUAACCAUGUUGGAGGGUGACAAAAGGUCAUCGGAGUUUCUGUUUUUAAGAGAACGAUUACUCCUAGCAAGCACAUUGAAAUCUUCUGCUUGCUUACUGCAGUCCACACCUCUGCAGCUGCUCACAGUGAUGGAAACAAGCCUCCUCCCUUAUCUGGAGGUCUUUCCUGCACUCGAAGGUUAUGUCAGAGAGAUCAGACAGGAGAGGAGUAAAAUAGGAAGUGGAUUAGGAGUAAUGCUUUGUCCUGCUCCUUCCUGUGUUCCCCCCAUUCAGUGUUUAAAGUGUGAUGCCAAAACCAAGGGUUCUGCGACAGACUGCGGGAUUGUAGUAGAGAUCAUGGAUGAUGGUUCUGCUUGGUUUUGGAAAGGUUCUGGAUGUGAAGUAGUUAAAGGAUCACUGAGCUGUGGGCAGAGGGAGCUGAAGUUUGCAGGAGUGAAGAGUAACGGUCAGUUCAUGCUGCUUUCCACACAGUGCAACAAGCUUUUCUGGUGGGAUGUGACAGGCCCAGAAGUGUUUCUAGAGAUUAAAGACCCUUUGAAAACAGAGUUUGAACCAAAGUCAAGCCAACAAACGGCAAACAAAAUUGAGGGGUUUGUUGGAUGUCAGAAAAAGUUAUUUAUGUGGUGGAAAGAUGAGAGUUUUGUGAGUGUGUUCAACAUCUCCAGUCAGAUCUUGACUCAUUUCCAGUGUCAGAGUUUUGUGACCUAUUUGGUUUGCUCCUCUAAUGGCUUCUACAUGUACUGUGGGCAGGACGAAGGCACAGUGUCCAUAUUUGACACAAACUCCAGCGGUCCGCUUGGCAGCUGUACAAACUCAAGCUACAGUGCAGUUACAUUGAUAAUCGUCUUUGAAAAUAAGAAGGAAAUGGCAUGUGUUGACAGGACUGGGAAUGUAACUCUAUGGGAUGUGGCGGCCAAAAUACAAACACCCAGACUUUUAAAAGAAAGAUUUACUGGGGGUAAAUCUAAUAACAUCCUCAAUACAGAUUACUCCAAAGAAAUUGACACGUUAUUGGUGUGUCAGUCUCAUCAGGUUAGGCUGUGGGAUACAUCUGACUGGGAGCCGUUGGACCAGUUCUUGGCCCCACAAGGGAGAGCCUUCACUCAAGCUUUGCUAUCCCAGGAUGGCCACCUUUUCCUGGCUUUGUUAGACACCUGUGCCCUUGUAUUGGUGUGGACGGUCAGCACAGGGGAGUGCGUCCUCUCCUUAGAGGCAAACAAGCAGCCUCAUAUGCUCCUCAAAACGGCCUCAGAUGUCAUUUGUGUCGCUCAUGACGGCUGCCUGACAGUGUGGGACUCUGAUAUGAUAGAUGCUGCAGGUACAGCUCCGAAAACAGGGUGUGGCUUGAAGGAAGUGGUGGUUGAACAAACAGGGGAGUGGUUCUACACCGCAGACGGGUCAAAGACGGUGUGGAGAUGGAGUUUAGAGACAGGCUUUCCACACGCUGACUUCCUACAUGAUGGUCCUGUCGAAAAACUGCGCCUUUCUCUGGAUAAUAUCCACCUUGUGACACUCUCAGCAGGGGAAAUUUACGUUUGGCAGACAGAAACAGGUCAGAACAUCGUGCGUAUCAGUGGCAGCAGAGCUACAGAUAUCCUGAUCACCCCUAAUAGUAGCUUUGGGAUCAGCAUUUCCAAGCGAGGGUUGUCUCGCGUGUGGAGGCUGGCACAUGGGAGUAUUACGUGCAGCAUACACCCGUACCUAUCUGGCGCCAAGGUGUCUCCUCAGAGCACCUUCCUCAUUGGCUGUCGCCAUGGUGACCUGUUAGCUGCCAGUCUGUGGUCAGGCUCCAUCAGCAAGCGUUUCUCCUGUGUGGAAAGCUCGGAGCAUGUUGUUGCCUUCCACUCACUUUCAGAGCACCCAGACGUUGUGGUGGUGAUGGUGGCCUCAGGGGCAGUGUACACCUGGAAGGUAGCAGAGGAGACUGUGUGCAGGCACUUUCAGCUGCCGUAUACGUUUCAGUGUCAACCGCAAGACUUCCAGAUUUCCUCCGAUGGGAGCUACGCACUGCUGUCCACUGAUGAUGACACCGUCAGCCUCUUGGACCUGUCUCAGGUCAGACUGUGCUCAUUCAAAACCGAGGGUCCCGUCAUUAAAGCCUGCUUGGACAAAACUGGAUGUUUUGCUGCCUACAUCAGCCUGGACAAAACCUGUGCCUGCGACCUGCAUGCGAGGCCCGUCCUCGCAGUCGUACGACUCACGGACGGGGAGAGCAUAGGAAGUGUGCGUCUGUCUAAGAAUCCAUUGACUCUGGUUGCAUGUAAGCAGCAGUGUGUGUUUGUGGGUUUUGAGGACGGGUCUGUAGGCAUGUACUCUGUUUCAGAUGUCACGAUCAACACGGAGGAAUCAAUCAGGUGCAGAGAAAAUUCGAUUGGCGAGUUGAAGCGGUGCCCCUUUGACAGAGCACCAUCCCGCUGGUUACCGCUAGCGACCCCCAACAUUACGUGGCCUUAAGAUUAUUAUGUACUGUUGGACAAGGAUUGUGUUUUUAAAACAUAUUGAGAUGAUAAAUUUGACAGAACACAAUGAGAAGAGCGACAGAUGUGACAGAAAUUAGAAAUUGUUGUAUGUACAUGUAUAUAUUGAUGUAUAAAUAAAAAUGCACCAAGUGUCAUUUGUUUCCAGCACUUCUGGGGCACACAGGAAGGACUGUUUUUCCAACCAGACAACACCUUUAUCUGUAACUUCCCCACUGUUUGUUUUAGUUUCAGUUGGCCUGACUUCAUGAUGAUGACCUCAGCAGAAAAACCUUUACCUGAGUUUCAUUUCUGUGAAACCCAAACCAGUAUGUGAUCAGUUUGUACCAUAUCUACUGUAUUCGGUAUCUUAAUGUAUUGUUCACACAGAGAAGGAUCUUGGCAUAAUGUAUUUGAAAUAAAAUAAUUUGGUAUAAAUGCCUUAUUUAUGUCUGUGUUUCUGUGUUAAAAAGCAAUGCCAAUCUGAGAUGUCUACAUCACUGUUUUGUAUCUGUAUGUUUUACUGUUCUCUUGCCAGAAAAUAGAGUAUCCUGUCUGUAUACCUUUAAUAUUUUUUUAUUGAUUAAAAAAAAUUACAUGA